AUGCCGAAUGAGAAGGAGCAGCCAAAUGUGUUGAUGGUGGGGACGGGAGAGUACACGACGGGCUUUGUGGGCGGGGCGCAAAGCACGAGCGACAAGAGUGAGCUGGCACCGAGGAGAGACGAAGCGGAUGUCUAGAGGCAAUGCUGAUGAGAGGAUGGACGUGGCUCGUAAUCCAUGGCACUGGUGUGUGACGCAGAGAUCGGCGUAGUCGCAUUGGUCCUCUUCGACCUCAGAAGAAGAAAUCUGGUGGGUCAGUACGCGUGUAUGCUUGCUUGCCCAAGUGAUCGCUGAAUGCACGGCGCCCCUUUUACCCCGCUAGGCGAUCUGAGCAUGGUAGGCACCAAUGGAGACAAACAUGCGCAGAUUAAGCAACAUUUUGAGCAGAACAUCGCUGGCAAGUGAGUUGCUCGUCGCGCCAUGAGCAAAGCGAGCAGCCACGAGUCCGCUGAUAUCACGGUGCCCAAUCAUGUUGCAGAUAUCGCGACAUGGACGUGUCUUACAACGCCUUUCCCCCAGCUGGACACAAGGAUGCAGAAGCUUGUCAGUGCUGCAGCUCGACAUUUUGCAUCCCUCGAAGCAACCGAAGCUGCAUCUCAUUGACACUCUGCUCGACUCGCAGACAAAUCUGCCAUCGACGCACUAUCACCGGGUGACGCCAUCACCAUCUUUACACCCGACAGUACACAUUUCGAUAUCGCCAAAUACGCGAUCACCGCCAAGAAGCUUCACGUGCUCGUCACAAAGCCAGCCACGCAGCGGUUAGAGCAUCACCAGGAGCUAGCAUCGCUCGCAAAAGAGCAUGUAAGCGGCUAGUGGAGAUUCUGGGUCGAACAAGAAUGCCAUGUGCUGAUGGAGAAGUUUGUUUGCUCUCCCUCAGGGAGUGCUGUGCAUGGUCGAGCAUCACAAGAGGUGCGAGGAAAUUGCCCGUGCUACAAAGCUUCCAUCCGCUCACACAUGUGCGACAUCCACACAGAUGGGAUCCCGUAUACGCAGACGCCAAGGACAAAUGCAGCGGACUGGGAGAUUUACAAUUCUUCUCAGCCUACAUGUCCCAGCCAAAGGUGCGUCGCAUCACAGCUCCCCCGUGAGCAGUUGCGCAGCUCGUUGACGUCGCUUCUCGAUUGCAGACUCAGUUAAAGACCUUCGAGGUGAGUCCGCCCAGCAUGAUUGACGCGUGCGCCGAUCUUGACUCUUUCGCUCUCAGUCUUGGGCCGGUGUGGACAGCGACAUAUCGUGAGUCGCUUCUCCUUGAUUGAAAUCGAGCUCUGCAUAAAUCCCCCCCAAUCAUGAUGCCCACAGAUACUAUCUCAACUCCCACCACGUCGACAUUCUUUUGUGGUUCACCAAAGCUCGCGCGUUACCUGUCCGUGUCACAGCGAGCGCCUCACGUGGUGUAGCCACCGAUGCUGGUUGUGCGGAUGGCACCGAGGACACCAUCACAGUGAGCAUUCUCAAUCAAUAGAAGCAUGCAUCCUAUGCCACGCUCUUGAUAAUCCGCCUGACGCGCCUCGUUCGGACAGCUGCUUGUCGACUUUGGGAAUCUCGAUGCUCGAGAUGGACUUAGAGCUGAUAGUAGAGGGACUGCAGUUUUCACAGCGAGUUGGGCAGCGCCAAAAGGAGCAGGUGUGCAUUCGGAGCAGAAUUUCCGUGCGUCUUACUCUCGCGCGUUUUCUGCUCGCCGAAAAGCUGCUCACACGUCUUUGGCUCCCAGACUAUAUUGGUCAGCGAGGAGAGAUCAGAGUCGAUCAAGCUCAUCGUGGCUACAGCGUACUCCCCGAAGACGCCGGGACGGGCACGCAAUACGUCAAUCCUUUCUACAUGAAGUACAGCCCAGAUGCCGAGGGCCACUUCGAUGGUCAGAAUGGCUACGGAUAUCGAAGCAUAGCGGACUUUUGUCGCGCUUGCACCAGCAUCAAUGAGGGCCGCAGAGCUUCGGAGUACGAUCACAUUGUCGGUUGAUGGAAAGUGAGCAGGCUCGGCACGAACAGAUCUAGCUUAUCCUUUGUUCUUGACCUUGCCGACAGAUGCCUACUAUCCAUGACACGGUGCUGACUACGGCUAUCCUGGACGCUGGAAGGCGAAGCUUGGACGAGCGCAGACCUGUAGAGCUGCACCGGGAUGACUCGGGCGUCUGGUCAUUACAGUAA